AUGUCAUUUUCAGGUGAAAAGCCUCACGUAUGUAUGGUAUGCGGCAAGGGCUUCAGCACAUCCUCCUCCCUCAAUACUCACAGACGGAUCCACAGUGGAGAGAAGCCUCACCAAUGUCCUGUCUGCUUGAAACGGUUCACGGCGUCGAGUAACCUUUAUUACCAUCGGAUGACGCACAUCAAGGACAAACCUCAUAAGUGCAACCUAUGCAGCAAAUCUUUCCCCACACCAGGCGAUCUCCGAUCUCACAUGUAUGUCCACAGCGGCUCAUGGCCCUUCAAAUGUCACAUCUGUAGUAGGGGCUUUUCCAAACACACGAAUCUCAAGAACCAUCUCUUCUUGCAUACUGGUAAGUACUACUAUGAACCAUAA